AUGUCCUUGUCCACUAUCGAGACAGAAAGAACCAAGUUCAUUGAGAACACACAAAACACAGUCAUUGCCUACAGUGACGGCACAACACGUCUUUGUCUUACUAUCAAGACAGAAAGAAAACAGAAUUUUCGGGCGAUUCCUGGCCAUGCGGGCAAGAGCAAAAUUUCUAAGCCGGCAAGAACACGUGCAUUAAUGGAGAAAAUCGGUCAAGCGCCAGUUGUCCUGAAUCGGGAGAUACCCGGAUUUGCUGUGAAUCGUAUCCAGUAUGCAAUAUUAAAUGAGUGCUGGAGGCUGGUAGAGGAUGGUGUGAUGAAUGUGAAAGAUGUUGAUACUGUGAUGUCCCAUGGCCUUGGACCCAGAUAUGCUUUUAUAGGGCCACUGGAGGUAGCUCAUCUUAAUGCAGAGGGUAUGGAGAACUACUGUGAAAGGUACUGGCAAAGUAUUCACUCAGUUAGUAACACGUUCGGUCCCGUACCAAAGAUGACCCCUGAUAAUGUUGUCAACACCACCAUCCACCCGCAGUUAUGUGACAUGGUACCGAUGGAGAAGAUGAUCGAGAGGAGGAAAUGGAGAGACGACUCACUAGCACGUCUGGCUAAACUGAAAAAGGAGCGAGCCAAAAAGGAGUGAAAAGGGCGUUAGCAGCCUUAUUAUUAAAGAUAGUUUUUUUUGGACAAUGGAAACUGAUGAGAAAUAGUGAUGAUACUGUUUUGAAUCUGUAUAGUCUGUCAGUUUGAUCUCUCUGUAGGCGACCUCUUCAUAAGGACAGCAUCGUUUUAAUCAAGGCUCCUCUAGGCCUACAUAUGAAUAGGUGCUAGAAUGUGGAUGUAUUAUUCCAAUCUUGUUACAACUACUGGUACACACUGAGAUGUUACAUUUUAAAUUAUAACUCACACAACGUAGUGAGUGUAAUGGUUACGUGUGUGUAUAAAGUGUAAACAAAAUUCAUAUAUCCAUCAUGUCCAUCGAAUCUGAAAAAAUCUGUGCAGACCCAUGACAGUUCCGGUUCCGGUACAGUUUGUUGCAUUCCAUACGGGCCGCGCUUGCCGAUACUGCUUUCACGACGCACCGCAACCACAGUUACCAUGAUUCCCGUUGUUGACGCAAUUAUUUCAUGACGUCAUGAGCCAUUGACCAAUCACGCAAGUAGAUUUAUUCACACCGGCGCCACUGUCUUGAAGUGUAUCUAAAAAUCGUCUGCUAGAACAUACAGGACAACAACGUCGGCGGAGACAGU